AGAGGAUGAUUCUGGAUGCUCUGGGUGUCGGGAUUCUGGGAACGAGUACAGAAGUGUUUCACAAAGUCAGCGAAUAUAGUAAAAUCUACAGUUCCAAGAUAUCCAGCACUGUUUGGGGCCAGUCAGACUUCAGGCUUCCGCCAACAUAUGCUGCUUUUGUUAACGGUGUGGCUAUUCACUCAAUGGAUUUUGAUGACACAUGGCACCCUGCCACCCACCCUUCUGGCGCUGUCCUUCCUGUCCUCAUGGCUUUAUCAGAAGACCUGCUUCCAAGUCCAAAGUUUUCUGGCUUUGACCUUCUGCUGGCUUUCAAUGUUGGUGUUGAAGUACAAGGCCGAUUAAUGCAUUUCUCCAAGGAAGCCAAUAACAUACCAAAGAGAUUUCAUCCCCCUUCCAUAGUAGGAACUCUGGGAAGUGCUGCCGCUGCAUCUAAGUUUUUAGGACUCAGUAGGACAAAGUGCCAAGAAGCCCUUGCUAUUGCUGUUUCUCUUGCCGGGGCACCCAUGGCAAAUGCGGCCACUCAGACCAAGCCUCUUCAUAUGGGCAACGCUGCCAGGCAUGGCUUAGAAGCUGCUUUUCUGGCAAUGCUGGGUCUCCAAGGAAACGGACGGGUCUUAGACAUGAAGACAGGGCUUGGGGCCUUCUAUGCCAACUAUUCCCCUAAAGUUCUUCCAAAUCUUGAUUCCCACACCUGGCUGCUGGACCAGCAGGACGUGGCCUUCAAGCGGUUCCCUGCACAUUUGACCACCCACUGGGUGGCAGAUGCAGCUGCAUCUAUGAGGAAGCACCUUGUAUCAGACAGAGCCCUGCUUCCCAUUGACCACAUUGAGAGAAUUGUGCUCAGAAUUCCAGAUGUCCCUUAUAUCAACCGGCCCUUGCCUGACUCAGAGCAUGAAGCCCGUCACUCCCUUCAGUAUGUGGCCUGUGCUGCCCUGCUCGAUGGUGGCAUCACUGUCCCAUCAUUUCACGAAUGUCAGAUCAACAGGCCACAAGUGAAAGAGCUACUCAAUAAGGUGGAGCUGCAGCACCCUCAAGACAACUUGCCAAGCUUCGACACUCUGUAUUGUGAGAUAAGUGUCACCCUCAAUGAUGGGGUCACCUUCACUGAGCGUUCUGACACCUUCUACGGUCACUGGAGGAAGCCACUGAGUCAGAAGGACCUAAAGGAGAAGUUCAGAGCCAACACCUCUGGGCUACUGUCCCCAGACACAGUAGAAAGACUCAUUGAGAUGGUAGAAAACCUGGAAGACCUAGAAGACUGUUCUGUGUUAAAUAGAUUUCUGAAAGGGCGCUCUCCGCCAGAGGUAGUUACACAGCCUAUCCCGCAGUUAACAGUUACAUCAUACAACCCCUAAGGCUUACCAAUGCCUAAAUGACUUUAGACUGGGGGAAAUACAACGAUUUGCUUUAUACAGCGGGGGUUUGCUCUUGAUGUGCCCAGAAGGUAGAGAGGGUCCUGACACAGAACUGGAAGGAGUCUUGACCUUUAAAUUUUGCUGGGCAGUAUCAAUUAUUUACAGUAAGAUAACAGAUAUGCAAAACACAGGAGAUAUGGAUUUUACAAACAUUAUAAGGCUGACCUGCAAACUGAGGAGUCAGACCUUAACAGGAAACAGGAAAACAGGGAAGGGACUUGGGACCUCAGGAGACGUGCAAGAGGAAACAUUUAUUAAUAGAAAUUGAAGCACUGUGUUGAAAAAUUUCAGUUUGCUCUAUGGGGAGAUAAGUCUCAAGCAACCAAUCAAGAAUCUGCAUGACCCCACUGCUGCUCUCCUAGACCCCAAACAUGAGCACUGCUAGAAAACACCUGGCUGAUUCACCCAGUGGCAACUCUUUUGGGGACCCUUCCCAUGCAGGUGCUGUUCUGUUUCUUCAUCUGUCCUAAUCUCAGGCCUGCUUGCUGCUGGCAGGAGCUGGCCUGUUUCU